AUGUCUUAUUAUCAGCAACCGAGUCAGCGACAGUAUGACUCUCUUGAUUUUCAAGCCCACCGAGGUCAGAAUAUGACUGGAGCAACCACGAUGAGGAAGUCUAUAGACUGUUUAGACAUUGAAGGAGCUGCUCCUGCAAAAAUUCCUGGGUAUACAGGAGCUAGAUCUUAUCGAAAGUUAACGAAAAACGGAUCAAUGCCAAAUUUUGGACCUACUAAAGCAGAAAUUGAUAACCAAUGGAAGAGGAGUUUGAAAGCAGCAAAAAUUCCUAACCCUUCAAGCUACAAAUAUGAUUUUAGUGCUAAACCUCAUGAGAAUUCUGAGAGUUUGAUGCCUAAAACAACAGAUGCACAAAUAAUAAAAUCUCAAGCAUUUUAUAAAUCAAAACCCCGCUCAAAAAGAAUGAAGCAAAGAUCAAAGCCAAGUCUAGAUGAUACAUUCGCAAGGCUUGAAGAUGACCUCAAGGUUAAAAUGGAUGAAUCCCUUAAGCAGGAUGCAGCAAAGUUUUAUUUGCAAACUCCAAUUGGACAAAAACCUCCACCACCUCAAAACUUACACCAGAAUUUAACUGCACCAGAACCUGUUAGGGGAGAGAAAGUCUCUGAAAAAUAUCUCCCUGAUCCAGCAAAAGAGGGUUCUAUUUGUGGGUCUCGAGGAAGUGCUCCUUCUUAUCCAAAUUAUGACUCUCACAGCAUUGCUGAGAUGUACUCAGAUCAAGCGUAUAAACCUAAAAUCGGUCUUGGUUACGAAGAAGGAAGAGGGUUCUAUGAGAAUCUCCAUGCUAGAAGAAGCAAAGGUCUCCCACCUGUCACUGAACUAGCAACAAAACAUUUAGAAAUUGAGAGUAAUAUCCAUAACAGGAACAAUAAUGAUUAUGGGAAAUUUGAUCAUUAUGCAACUCUGGGCCAGGCUACCACAAAGCAAAUAAAUCAUAGUAGAAGAAGCUACAAUCCUCUUACAAAUGAGAUGCUAGAUUUUAAGUAG